CAUGCCAAGCAAUCGCUCGAAAUUGAACAAGGAAAAAUUUAGUUUCGCCGAUUCUCAUUUAUUGUUAUUUGCUCGCUCAAAGAUAUUGUUACUUUUUUUAGUUUAAGAAUUUUGCUUUUACUAUUCUAAAAAUCGGACAACUAUAUAUAUAUAUAUAUAGUAAUUAUUUUAGCUGGACAACUAUAUCAUAAAGCUGUCAUAGGAACGAUUUGUUUAUGUAUGACUGUAAUGAUGCAAAUGCAAUGAAUAUUAAUAUAAAUUCAUUGUUUUUAACAUAUUCUUAAUUUUGAUUAAAAUCUAUUUAUUAUAUUAUAUGUAUUUGUAGAUAGGCGCACUUUCACAAACUUGACUUUUGGCAGUCAACAUUUAUUAAGUGUAUGGCAUCACGGUUUAGAUUUAUUAACGUAAUGUAGACAAACAAAAAACCUUACUGUCUUAAAAAUAAUGUUUUUUUUGCUUAGUUAUGGUCGAUUUAAAACGUGGCACCCUGAUUCAGGUGCAAACUGCAAGUUUUUAGCUUGCCGAAGGUAGCUUUCCUUUUAAAAGAGUUUAAAUUUUAAACUUUAAAACUUUGAUGUAUUCUUAUUUUUUGGCUAAUAUGGCCAAGUUUUAGUUCCUAGAAUUCUUGCAUUCCAUUGAGUUGAUUUCUUUGGAAAGUCUGGAAAAAUAUUUAACUGCGUUGAAUUACCUCUGACCCCUGUAGUAAUAUACGAGCCAGAGCCCCUUACCAUCUCAUUAUUUUGUUUGUAAUUGUUUUCAUUAUUAGCACCUAAUAUAUUACAUUAUAAAAAAAUGCAAUUUAAAAACGCCAGUUGCAGGUACAGUUUCAAGGUAAUAAAUAAGUAAAUAAAUAUAAAAAGUAAUGUACAAAUGAAGUGUUCCAAGAAUUCUUACAUGGAAUUCGACUUUUAAUUUUAAUUAAUAUUAAAGUGUGUGGUAUUACAUCUCUUUUGAAAGAUAAGAGGUCCUAUAAAACAGGACCAUUUGUUGGAUCAGCCAUCAGUCUUGACUUUUAAUCAAAUCUAGAACUUCAGUAACAAGAUGAAUCCCCCUGCAUACUUGAGGUAAGCUAGGAAGAUUUUAUAGUCGAAUGUCCCAUCCAGAAGCCCUUUCUCCCCAGCUGCCUGGUGGUCAUUGUCGGCAGUCUUGGAUGGACAGCCAGUGCGGCGCCAUGGCAGGGUGACCGAUCAUUCAAUUCUGAAUUGAUACGAUAGAAGAGUAUUUACGGACGUGAUUCGGUUAGCAAAUUCACCAGGCAUAGGAAUAUCCCCGAAUAUCCUUUGAAAUGUAUGGCCAUCGGCUGUUGGAGGCUAGGAUAGCGCUUCAACUUUUGUUUCUCAAUAAAAAGUUGUUAAAACGGAUAAUAAAGUUUGAGAAGAUUAAACCCCGUUUAAGCAAUAAUUUUAAUUUUUUUUUUAAAUUUUGGAAUUACUAUAAAAUAAAAGAAACCUCGGUCAUAUUUUUGGUUGAGUGCAAUCCAUUACUAAGUAUUAAAAUAAAAUAUUUUUUUUUUAUUUUUCAGUUUAAAGGUUGGCGAACAAAAGUUUAUCUUGAAAAAUAAUUGAUUUCUUGAGUGAAUACCCCUAAUAUCUUGCUUUCGUAUCGCGCCUGCGUCGCAUUUAUAGUUCUUAGCAAGUAUGAGAACCCACCCCAAAACCUCAGAAAAGACUCUGACCAGCUUCAUCUGCAACAUUUGCACAAAUAAAAUAGAAUAGUUAAUAAGGAGUUGAUAAUGUCUGCAUAUCCCAGUGCUUCCGCCUCCCAGUCAACUGGAACAUCAGACCUGGACUCGGAAUCCGUGGAGGUGCUGCGGGAACGCCUGAGCACCAUGAAGCGGCUAAUGGCGGAGCGGACGGCCCAGCAGCAGAACAAUCCCGCCACCACGGAGGAGAUAUUUUCCACCAAGCGGCACAGAUCGGCGGGCAUCAUCGAUGGCAACUUCCUGAGCAUUGCCUUUGGGGGAGCUCUGCUGGUGAUCAUCACGGUCUCAGUGUACGCCUUCUACAACCUUUACCAUGCAAUCCUCAAGAAGUUCCCCUCGCGGCACGAGGAGCUGUAAGAGGUGUGUCGCGGCAGUGCCAAAUGAGUCGGGAUAGGUUUAUCACUUGAAAUGUUCGAAUUAACCUGCAUUUAACAAAUAAACUGUAGCUUGAAUUGUAA